AUGAGCGAUUCAAACGGCGAGAAAUCUCGAAUUGGCCCCAACCCUGAAAUCCCGCCGCAGCCCAAGCCUGCCGCAGGGUUCUCUCCACCCCCCGAUGGCGGCCUGUUGGCAUGGACGAACACAUAUUACGAAUCUGGGGCUCUCUUCGCGGCCAAUUCCUCCAAUAUCUUCUGGGUCGGCUCGAUCGCGGCCUUUAUGCUCCUCUUCGUGGGUCUCUUCCCUCGUGUCCAACCGCCCAAGGCCCGCGCCAUGAUUGAUCGGACGGCGCUCACAGACGUCAGCUACAUGGCGUUUGUAUUGAGCUCACUGAUCAUCUAUAUGGGUCUCUUCGUCAUUCUAUUCUACUUUUCGUACUACUCCGCCGCAAACGAGAUCACAGACGAGUCUCUCGCGUUCUACCUUGUACCCAUCCUCAACGCGACCUCCAUCUUUGGCCGAACCAUCCCCAACAAGCUGGCUGACAAGACCGGCCCGUUCAACCUGCUCGUCCCGGCUUCCUUGAUUUCCGGUCUACUCAUGCUGUGCAUGAUGGCCGUGAGCUCCAAGGGCACGAUUGUUGUGAUGGCGCUGCUGUCGGGCUUCAUGAGCGGGGCGCUUAUCGGUCUUCCGCCCGUGUGUCUGGCGAUGUUGACGGCGGAUAAAUCGCGGCUCGGAAUGCGCAUCGGAAUGGGGUAUACGAUUAUCGUGCAGGUCGUGUUGAUCAGCGGGCCCAGUAGUGGUGCAAUUUUGCGGAAUGGGGGCGCCUCGCUCGAUUGGCGGAGUUUGUGGAAAUUUGGAGGCGUGCCGACUUGUGUGACGGGGUUGAUAUAUGCUGCAAUUCGGAUAGCCAAGUAUGGACCUGGUCUUAUGGUUAAGGCGUGA